UUCACACCGACGAACCAAAUACGCCUCACGAACGUGGCGGUGGUGCGGAUGAAGAAAGGAGGUAAACGCUUCGAAAUUGCUUGCUACAAGAACAAAGUUCUCAGCUGGCGUUCUGGGGCGGAGAAAGAUCUGGAUGAGGUUUUGCAGACAAAUUCAGUUUUCGUCAAUGUCUCUAAAGGGCAGGUGGCUAAAAAGGACGAUUUGGUCAAAGCUUUCGGCACAGAUAACCUGACAGAAAUCUGCAAGCUGAUUCUAGCCAAAGGGGAGCUUCAGGUGUCAGACAAGGAGCGGCAGUGUCAGCUGGAGACUAUGUUCAGGGACAUCGCCACCAUAGUUGCAGACAAGUGCGUUAACCCCGACACCAAGAGGCCGUACACGGUCAGCCUGAUCGAGCGCGGCAUGAAGGAUAUCCAUUAUUCGGUCAACACUAACAAGAGCACCAAGCAGCAGGCGCUGGAGGUGAUCAAGCAGCUAAAGGAAACCAUGCAGAUCCAGCGGGCCCACAUGAGGCUGCGGCUCCUGCUCCCGGGCAAAGAGGCCAAGCGGCUCAAGGAGAAGGUCAAACCUCUCCUACAGGUCAUCGAGAGCGAAGACUUUGAAGAAAACCUUGAGAUUGUGUGUCUGGUGGAUCCUGGCUGCUACAGGGAGCUCGGCGAGCUGAUUCGCUGUGAAACCAAAGGUCGAGGCUCUGUGGAGGUCAUCAGUCUGAAGGAUGUGGAGGAAGGUGACGAGAAGCUGUAA